AUGAAUGUUGAUCGAAAUUUCAAAUUCGACUCAGACGGUUGUCCUAGUGCAAGAAAAGCUGCAGCAAUGUGUGACGCCGCAACCCUCGAGAAAUUGGAGGCUGGUUUCAGCAAGCUUCAAGCCUCUGACUCCAAGUCGCUGCUGAAGAAAUACCUCACGAGGGAGGUGUUCGACGCGCUUAAGAACAAGAAAACCUCGUUCGGCUCAACCCUUUUGGACUGCAUCCAGUCGGGUAUUGAGAAUUUAGACUCUGGUGUUGGAAUCUACGCCCCCGAUGCCGAGGCGUACACAGUGUUCGCGGACCUGUUCGACCCCAUCAUCGAAGACUACCACAAUGGCUUCAAGAAGACUGACAAGCACCCGCCCAAGAACUGGGGCGAUGUCGAGACUCUCGGCAACUUGGACCCCGCCGGCGAGUUCAUCGUCUCCACCCGUGUGCGUUGUGGCCGCUCUAUGGAAGGUUACCCCUUCAACCCCUGCCUAACUGAAGCCCAGUACAAGGAGAUGGAAGAGAAGGUUUCUUCCACCCUUUCCGGUCUCGAGGGUGAACUUAAAGGCACCUUCUAUCCUCUCACUGGCAUGUCGAAGGCUACCCAGCAGCAACUGAUCGACGACCACUUCCUCUUCAAGGAGGGUGACCGUUUCCUGCAGGCCGCGAACGCGUGCCGAUUCUGGCCCACCGGCCGUGGUAUCUACCACAACGAGAACAAGACCUUCCUCGUUUGGUGCAAUGAGGAGGACCACCUUCGUAUCAUUUCCAUGCAAAUGGGCGGUGACCUAAAACAGGUCUACAAGAGGCUAGUGACCGCCGUCAACGACAUCGAGAAGAGGAUCCCCUUCUCGCACAAUGACCGUCUCGGUUUCUUGACCUUCUGCCCCACGAACCUGGGAACGACUGUCCGUGCGUCCGUGCACAUUAAGCUGCCUAAGUUGGCCGCUGAUAAGGCGAAGUUGGAGGAAGUGGCCAGCAAAUACCACUUGCAAGUCGCGGAACUCGCGGUCUACAAGAGGCUAGUGACCGCCGUCAACGACAUCGAGAAGAGGAUUCCCUUCUCGCACAACGACCGUCUCGGUUUCUUGUCCUUCUGCCCCACGAACCUGGGAACGACUGUCCGUGCGUCCGUGCACAUUAAGCUGCCUAAGUUGGCCGCUGAUAAGGCGAAGUUGGAGGAAGUGGCUAGCAAAUACCACUUGCAAGUCCGCGGAACUCGCGGUGAGCACACUGAAGCCGAGGGUGGAGUGUACGACAUCUCCAACCAGAGGCGCAUGGGUCUCACCGAAUACGACGCUGUGAAGGAAAUGUACGACGGCAUCGCUGAACUGAUCAAAAUUGAAAAGUCCCUGUAA